AUGUUGAAGUUAAAGUGCUCGGAGACGGUCAGAGUUGUCGUACGAUGCCGGCCAAUGAACGGCAAGGAGAAAGUGGCUUCCUAUGAGCAAGUGGUGGAAGUGGACGUGAAACUGGGGCAAGUCUCAGUCAAGAACCCCCGGGGAACAUCUCACGAGCUUCCAAAGACGUUCACCUUUGACUCUGUUUACGACUGGAGCUCUAAACAGUUUGAGCUUUACGAUGAGACUUUCCGGCCUCUGGUGGACUCGGUUCUCCAGGGCUUCAACGGGACCAUUUUCGCCUACGGGCAAACUGGGACAGGGAAAACCUACACCAUGGAAGGGGUGCGUGGGGACCCCGAGAAAAGAGGGGUCAUCCCCAACUCCUUCGACCAUGUCUUCACCCACAUCUCUCGGUCGCAGAACCAGCAGUAUCUGGUGAGGGCCUCCUACUUGGAGAUCUACCAAGAGGAGAUCAGGGACUUGCUCUCCAAGGACCAAUCCAAGAGGCUGGAGCUGAAGGAGCGGCCUGACACGGGCGUCUACGUCAAAGACCUCUCCUCCUUUGUCACCAAAAGCGUGAAAGAAAUCGAGCACGUGAUGAACGUCGGCAACCAGAAUCGGUCGGUGGGCGCCACCAACAUGAACGAGCACAGUUCGCGCUCCCACGCCAUUUUCGUCAUCACCAUUGAGUGCAGUGAGGUUGGGCUGGACGGGGAGAACCAUAUCCGUGUUGGGAAGCUGAACCUGGUGGACCUGGCGGGCAGCGAGCGCCAGUCCAAGACGGGAGCCCAGGGCGAGAGGUUGAAAGAAGCCACCAAGAUCAACCUCUCUCUCUCCGCCUUGGGCAACGUCAUAUCGGCCCUCGUGGACGGCAAAAGCACCCACAUUCCCUACCGAGACUCGAAGCUGACCCGCCUGCUCCAGGAUUCCUUGGGCGGCAACGCCAAGACGGUAAUGGUGGCCAACAUCGGCCCGGCCUCCUACAACGUGGAGGAAACCUUGACCACCUUGCGGUACGCCAACCGGGCCAAGAACAUCAAGAACAAGCCCAGAGUCAACGAAGACCCCAAGGAUGCUCUCCUGCGGGAAUUCCAAGAAGAAAUUGCUCGCCUGAAGGCCCAGCUGGAGAAAAGGUCCAUCGUCAAGAAGAAGAAGAAGGAGAGGAGGAGAGACGGCGGGAUCGGGGAGGAGGAGGAGGAGGAGGAAGAGGAGGAGGAGGAGGAGGAAGAGGAGGAGGGUGGAGAAGAGGGAAGGGUGGACAAAGAUGACUACUGGAAAGAGCAGCAGGAGAAGCUGGAGGUAGAGAAGAAGGCCAUCCUGGAGGACCACAGCUUGGUCGCCGGCGACAAGAUGAGGCUGCUGAAGGAGAAGGAGAAGAAGAUGGAGGACUUGAAACGUGAGAAAGAAGCGGCUGAAAAGCUGGGGGCCAAAAUCAAGGCCAUGGAGAGCAAGCUUCUUGUUGGCGGGAAGAACAUUGUGGACCACACAAACGAGCAGCAGAAAAUUCUGGAACAGAAGCGGCAAGAGAUUGCCGAGCAGAAACGACGGGAGCGAGAAAUCCAACAGCAGAUGGAAAGCCGGGAUGAAGAGACCCUGGAGCUGAAGGAGACCUACAGCUCCUUACAGCAGGAGGUGGACAUCAAAACUAAAAAACUGAAAAAGCUGUUUUCUAAGCUGCAAGCCGUGAAGGCCGAAAUCCACGACCUGCAGGAGGAGCACAUCAAGGAGAGGCAAGAACUGGAACAGACCCAGAACGAGCUGACCCGGGAGCUCAAGCUGAAGCACUUGAUCAUCGAGAACUUCAUUCCUCUGGAAGAGAAGAACAAGAUCAUGAACAGAUCCUUCUUUGAUGAGGAGGAGGACCAGUGGAAACUUCACCCCAUCACCCGACUGGAGAACCAACAAAUGAUGAGAAGGCCGGUGUCUGCCGUGGGGUACAAGAGGCCCCUGAGUCAGCAUGCGAGGAUGUCCAUGAUGGUCCGCCCAGAAGCUCGAUACAGGGCAGAAAACAUCGUCCUGCUGGAACUGGAUAUGCCCAGUCGGACCACGCGGGAUUACGAGGGCCCGGCCAUCGCCCCCAAAGUCCAGGCGGCCCUCGAAGCCGCUUUACAAGAUGAAGAUGAGAUCCAAGUGGACGCCUCUACUUUUGAGAGCACGUCGAAGAAAUCAAAAUCCCGGCCUAAAACUGGAAGGAAGUCCGGCAGCUCCCCCUCCAGCGCCUCCACCUCCCAGCUGUACCCCCAGUCUCGCGGGCUGGUCCCCAAGUAA